AUGCAGGCUGCAAGAUGCACUAUUGAGGUCGGAAGCAAGAUGUCUUGUCAGCCUACCAUGGUUUCCGAAAAGCCUAUUGGUAGCUUGCAGGUCCUUUCGAUCGUGGAUCCUCGAUCGUGGCAGAGGUUUGCCCAGGGUAACCUCUACGCUAGCCCAAAGGGCACCCGAACCCACCCAGUCGCAUGGCAGUGUGCCAAGCCCAACUAA